AUGAGCUUCUCUCGGGCAUCCUGGAUGGGGAGUGUGGGAGGGCAUGGGAUGAUGGCAUUGCUGCUGGUCGCCCUGCUCCUGCCAGGGAUCUCAGCUAAGAGUAUCGGGACCUUCUCAGACCCCUGCAAGGACCACACUCGUAUCACCUCCCCCAAUGACCCCUGUCUCACUGGGAAGUAUGGUUCCAGUAGUUUCAGUGGCCACAGUGGUUCCGGCAGCUCCAGCAGUUCCAUUUCCAGUUCCAGUGGCUCCAGUGGUUCCAGUGGCUUCAUUAGUGGGUCCAGUGGAUACAGUGUCUCCCAGAGUGGUUCUUCAGGAUCUUCAGUAUUUAAGCCAGGAACAGGGUAUUCCCAGAUCAGCUACUCCUCCGGAUCUGGCUCUGCUCUACAAGGUUCAUCCGGCUUCUCCCAGUCCGGAAGCAGCAGCUCCCAAUCAGGAUCUGGCCCUUUACUGACUGGUGGAGGCUCAAGCUCUUCUGUUUCCCAAAACUCUUGGAAGUCCAGCAGCAGUGGCCAAAGCGUCAGCAAUAAGCUGCACCCCUGUAGCUCUGAUGUCCCUGACUCUCCCUGCAGUGGGGGCCCCGUUGUCUCACACUCUGGAUCCUACAUCUCUGGCUCCCACACUGUGUCAGGGGGUCAGAAGCCUGUGGUAGUGAUGGUGGAGCAGCAUGGCUCUGGUGGCCCCAGAGUGGGUCAAGGUGCCCCCUGUAGCAAUGGUGGCCUUCCGGGCAAGCCCUGCCCACCUAUCACCUCUGUGGUAGACAAAUUCAAAGGUGGCUAUGAGGUAGUAGGUGGCUCCUCUGACAGUUACCUGGUCCCAGGCAUGACCUACAGUGGGGGUAAGCUCUACCCUGUGGGCUACUUCACCAAAGAAAACCCUGUCAAAGGCUCCCCUGAAGUCCCCUCCUUUGCAGCUGGACCCCCCAUCUCUGAGGGCAAAUACUUCUCCAGCAACCCAAUAAUCCCCAGCCACAGCUCUUCUAGUUCCAGCAUCUACCAGUCUGGAGCUUCCUCAGCCAUUGUGUUCCAGCCCGUGGGCUCUGGUGGGGUCCAGCUCUGCGGGGUUGGCUCCGCAGGCUCCAAGGGGCCCUGCUCCCUCUCCAGUUCUGGAGUCCACCGCAGUUCCAGCAGCUCCAGUUCAUCCCUCCAUCCCUGUGGCAGUGUUUCCCAGGGUCCCUGCUCCCCACCAGGCACUGGCUCCCUCAGCGGCAGCUCCAGAUCCCAAUCCAGUGGCAAAAUCAUCCUUCAGCCCUGUGGCAGCAAGUCCAGCUCUUCUGGUCACCCUUGCAUUUCUGUCUUCUCCUCAACAUUGAGAGGGGGUCCUGAUGGCUCUCCCAAACCUGAUCCCUCAGCUGGUGCUAAGCCCUGUGGCUCCGGCAUCCCUGGAAAGAACCCCUGCCGUUCCAUCCGGGACAUCCUGGCCCGCGUGAAACCUCUGGGGCCCCAGCUAGCUGACCCUGAAAUUUUCCUCCCCCAGGGAGAGUUACCUGAGAGUUCAUAA